AUGAAUCAUGAUCAAGGAAUGAAGGAGAUUUCAGGUUGUAAGGCGCAAGAUACAAGAACUGGCUUCUAUGACCCAAUGGAGAAAAGUGAUUAUUUUAACAAAAAAGUGUAUAGACGACAUUUUUCAAGAAAAAGAACUUUGCAUUUUAUGUUUUUCUUUACGUUAUCUGUAAUUUUUGUUAUGGCAACUUCAUAUUUAGUUUAUAAUAAUCAAGGCCUAAGUUUAAACUCUUUUGAACAUUCGCUUGAUGUGGAUUUGUACAUGAUAUAUGAAAAUGAAUUCAAAUCGUUAAAUAACAAGCCAUCAAUUAAACCUAUAAAUCCCGUUAAAUUUAACGCUGUUCUCCAACCAAUAAACUCUUGUAAAUUGUCCAAUCAAUCUGAUGCGUCACCAGAUCUAGUUAUUUUUGUCAAAUCAGCGUUGUUACAUCUUGAAUUACGUAAUAAUAUACGCCAGUCUUGGGGUAAUUCAAACUGUUUCCGUUAUUUUGGAGUGCGUACUCGAAUUCUUUUCAUUCUUGGUAGAUCGGGUUCCACCGAUUGGAAACAUUCCAGUACUCAAAGUAUGGUGUUACAAGAACAUAUGAAGUAUAACGACAUAGUUCAGUUUGAUUUUAUUGAAGACUAUCAUAAUGUUACGUAUAAACUGAUAGCGACAUUAGACUUUGCUAUUAAUGAAUGUUCUACUUCUCGAUUUCUCACUUUGAUUGAUGAUGAUUUCAUGUUGCACCCAUCUAAUUUACUCCGGACACUUGCCAAAGUUACUGAAACUCAGUAUUUGAACUAUAUAGCUGGUAAUGUGAUGCGUGUCUCCAAACCAACAAGGCUCCUAUUCAGUAAAUGGUAUAUUUCCUAUUCAGACUAUCCAUACAGUUUAUAUCCAGCCUUCCCUUCUGGCGGAACUAUUAUUCUCAGCAUGCCUGUCGCCCAGCUUCUUUCUGUUGGUCUGAGGUAUAUCAAAUUGCUUCCUUUUGAAGAUGUUGUAAUUGGCCUUGUAUUAUAUAAACUGGGUAUUAGUCCUGUACAUUUGGAUGGCGUUUAUGUAGUUCGUUAUCCAAAGAGUCAUACUGGUGAUCUCAUAAGUAUUCAUGGGUACGGUGAUAAUUCCUUUUCCUUAUCCAGUUGGAAUAAGCUUGGUUUGCAGACUGUUUGCGACAGAUAG